UGACACCUACAAUCAUCUCAAAGGAGCAUCUCCCUCUCAACAACAAGGUACAUUCACAUUACAGCAACAUUACUGCAGCAGCUUUCAUGUCUCAUCUUCAAACGUAUUGCUUUUUGAAGGCAAGUUUACUCAACGUGUUUUGUUGUUGUUUUCAGUCGAGAAAGCCAAUAGUGGAGAAGAUGCGCAGAGAACGUAUCAACAGCAGCAUUGAGCAGCUCAAGUGUCUUCUGGCUCCAGAGUUUCUCAACCAGCAGUCUGAUUCCAAGCUGGAGAAAGCAGAUAUCCUGGAGAUGACAGUCAGUUUCCUGAGAUACCUGCGGUCUGUUCUAGACUCCAGUUCACAUGCUGUCAAUCAAGGCUUCUCCAGGUGUGUCCAUGAGAUUGUGCACUUCCUGUCCAAAGAUGAGAUGGAGACACAGAGCCAGAGAAGACUGCUGAAACACUUCCAGAACCUGCAGACAUCAUGUGAGCAGAACAGGAGGGAAAGUGUCCUGACUCAGCUGAUCUCCUCAGACCAGAACACCUUCAGUAAAGAGAUGAAUGUCAACAAGAGCAUCAUCUGGAGACCUUGGUAGAACCCUACAUGAACUGAUCAUGUUUGAAUGCACAAAACAAUUAUGUUUCUCGUUUUGAGAAGAGUGUUUAACCAGUUCCACUAUGGAAAAGAGUUUUGUACUGAUAAGUACUCUGAUGAUUUUAUCUUCUAUGAAGACUUCAUGUAAAGAGGUCCAGAUGGGAAAAUAUACUGACGUCUAUAUUAGACAACAUUGACUUUUACAUUAGAUACAUUUAACAGUUUUCUUUACUGUAUUAUUGUCCUGUGUCAGGACUGAAAAGAGAUGGAUUUGUUAAGAGCCUCUCUUGAGGUUUUGGUAGAAUCUCAUAUAGGCGACAUUCUUUUAUGUAUUUUUAAGUACUUGUUUCUGUCUUCAAUGAAGACUUUCUAUCAAGAUCAUGGCCACAUGAUUUUAAUGAUUAAAGCUUUAAUUCAUUAUGAUUAACAUAAUUUUUUUUAAUCUGAAUUUGCUUUUAUGAAAGCAGUGUUAUAGUUUUUACCUUUCUUUUUCAUUAUUUGAAAACGCCAUUGUAUAUCAAAUUUGAUAUUGUAUUUGUAUGUCUUAAUUAUCAUUAUUCUCAUAUUGAGAGAUGGUUGUUUAAUCAUAAACUCUGCUAUAGUUCUGUGUUGAUUAUGUA